AUGCUAAGGUCCCCUUCCUGCCGCCCCCAGCACUUGCCCUGUGGAGGGUCAGCACAGAACCACCGUGCAUUAGGACACCCCCACAAACGAUGCUCUCCGGAGCAGGGCCACAAUUUCCACCAUCAUCCCCACCCCCAUCACACUCCCACCCCUGCUGCUCCCGCCUCUCCCCCCUUUAGUCACCCUCCCCACCCUGUGGAAAGGCCUCCACAGGCACAGCCACCUUGGGGAGCAAACAGCAGUCCUGGUACCAGCUACCACGACCAGCAGGCAUUGCCAGUAGACCUGAGCAACAGUGGCAUCAGAAGUCAUGGAAGUGGGGGUUUCCAUGGAGCAUCUGCAUUUGACCCCUGCUGCCCUGUUUCUUCUUCCCGAGCUGCAAUCUUUGGCCAUCAGGCUGCUGCUGCCCCAAGUCAGCCAUUAUCGAUAGACGGUUAUGGAUCAAGCAUGGUUGCGCAGCCUCAGCCCCAGCCCCCACCACAAGCCUCACUCUCAUCAUGUCGACAUUAUAUGCCACAUCCUUGUAAGUAUAAAUUUAACAGGAAAAGAACUCAUUCUCAAAUACCUUCUCAUGCAACAUCUCACCCCGUGGCAGCCCCGCCCCCAACUCAUUUAGCCAGUACAGCCGCACCAAUCCCUCAGCAUCUUCCUCCCACACAUCAGCCAAUUGCACAUCAUAUUCCAGCCACUGCACCUCCAGCACAGAGACUUCAUCCUCACGAAGUGAUGCAGAGGAUGGAAGUUCAAAGAAGGAGGAUGAUGCAACAUCCAACGCGGGCACAUGAGCGCCCCCCACCUCACCCACACAGGAUGCACCCAAACUAUGGCCAUGGCCAUCAUAUUCAUGUGCCUCAGACUAUGUCCUCACAUCCUCGACAGGCUCCAGAGAGAUCUGCCUGGGACCUGGGAAUUGAAGCCGGAGUGACUGCAGCUGCUUAUACACCUGGAGCUUUGCAUCCCCACUUGGCCCAUUACCAUGCACCACCUCGACUUCAUCACUUACAAUUAGGAGCUCUUCCUUUAAUGGUUCCUGACAUGGCAGGGUAUCCUCACAUCCGAUACAUCUCAUCAGGAUUGGACGGAACAUCAUUCAGAGGUCCUUUCAGGGGCAAUUUUGAGGAACUGAUACAUUUGGAAGAAAGAUUAGGAAAUGUCAAUCGUGGAGCAUCCCAGGGGACAAUUGAAAGAUGUACAUAUCCACAUAAAUACAAAAAGAGGAAACUGCACUGCAAACAAGAUGGGGAAGAAGGGACUGAGGAAGACACAGAGGAGAAAUGUACUAUCUGUUUGUCUAUAUUAGAGGAAGGUGAAGAUGUGAGACGUCUUCCUUGUAUGCAUCUUUUCCACCAAGUAUGUGUUGACCAAUGGCUGAUUACCAAUAAGAAGUGCCCCAUAUGCAGAGUGGACAUUGAAGCCCAGCUGCCAAGUGAAAGUUGACACCGUGUUUCAGAACUGUUGCCCUCCCUCUCAUUCCCACCCUCCUGGUACUGCAGUCAACCAAAGAUGGCAUGACUUACCUGCGCAGAUUUGAAGGCUUGAACUUAGAGUGCUGGCUCUGCUAUAUGGUACAACUAAUGCUAGACCUACAGUUUAUGUAUACAAUUGAUUUUGAUGUAUUUAUAAAAGCUUCUUUUUUCUAGAUUUGACAUUUUUCCUUUAUCAUUUUACUGUAUUUUUGCAUGGUUCCUUGUAUUGCAUUUCUUUGCACAUAUUAUGGGCUUGUGACCCUAAACUUGCAGGCAAGAUUAGCUGCUUUAGUAAGUAGAAAUUUGUGGUCUUUUUGUUUUUUACAUAGUACCUGGUCUUGAGAAUUAUGAAUUAUGAAUUUUUUUAUCCAUUACUAACCUUUAAUUUAAUCAGUCAUGUACUUUAGUUUACUGUAUAAAAAUCCUCUAGAAAAUGAUAAUAUUGUGUAUUAAGACAUUCCUUAAUUAGGACAAAAUGGCUGCUGCAUAUUUACAACAUGAAUUUCUGAAAUAAAUACCAUCCUUAAUACUGGGAACAGAAUACAAACCAUAUUCAGUUAGAUGCCAGUGGUAUUCACAUCACCAGAGUGAUCAAUAGAAAUUUUCUUGGUGUAUCCUUUUCCUUCAGCACAAUGCAGAUAGAGUUGAAUAUCGAUAUCAUACAUUUAGACUGCUGUUCUGAUUGUAUUUAUCUUUUUCCUAUGUAACUUAGAAGUCUAUUUCCCUAAUUCAAUUUUUGCUGCUGUAAAACAGCUCUGAUGAACACUAAAUAUUAAUUUCAAUUAGCUGGAUUGUACACACUUGCAGAUUCAACAGAAUCUUAGGGAAAUUGAAGAAGACAUGUAGAAUUUUGUUCAGUCUCCUACUAAGCAUGUACAGUAAAGAUUUCUGCUUACAUCAAUUUUGUUAAACACAUUCAGCCAGGAUUUAGAAUUGCAGUCAUUGGCAGGUAUCUAUGCAUUCAUAGAACUUCUAACGAUCCCAAGAUAACUUUUAAGGGAUUUUUUUAUUAGCUUAAAGAUAAAUAAAGUCAGCUGAAUCUACAUGUCUCUUGUUUUAUUUCUAUUUAAACUUGAAAACAGUAAAUCUGCAGAUACUGUGAGGCACAAAUAUACAGUCAACCUACUGUUGCUCUGGUUUUAGACUCCAACUUCAUACAUUACCAAGGGUCGAUCACUGGUAAAAUUUUUAAUUUCUAUAGUUAAGAUUUACUGCCUAAUAUAGACUAUAAAGUUAAGUUAACAUACUAACAUUUCUCCUUUGGAGAAAGUUUUAAUCCACUUCAGGAUGCAUAUUAUCAAGAUACUUUCAUAUACAGGAUAGCCUAAUUUUAUUUGUCUAAAUAUGCUUAAUAUGCCCCAGAUUGCAAAUGCAUCAGUCAGUAACAUCGCUGUCUGUCUGUGGGAGACAUGUUCCCAUGGGUCAUGUGUGAAGAUGUCAUGAAGCUUGCAUUAAGCCGCCUGCUUUGUAAGUGGAUUGAUUAAUAAAUAACUUAUAUUUCUAUUGUCUUUGUGUUUCAUAAUUAGUUUUUAUACAACAGUUUACAUUAAAUAUCUUGGAAUUCAAAAAUA